CUGAAAGCGGCCCCUUCGCUUCCUUCUUUCUUUAUUUUUCUUAAUCAUUUUAGUGAUUUUAUAUAUCUGGAAAAAUCUUGUUUGUUAGAGUUUGGUUUUUAGGUUAAAGAUUUGGGUUUUUUAUUAAGAAAAAUUUGUUAAGAGAAAAACUGGGUUUGAAAAAUCAAACAAGAAAAAAAAUCAAAUUCUUCUUACUUAUUCAUAAUUUCAAAAUCGAUUUUUUUUUUGUGUGUACAUUUCUUGCAUUUUACAACUACUUCUCUUCUUUUUCUUCUGGUAUAUAUAUAAAAAAAACACACACAAAUUUUGGAGGAAACCCAAGAAAGGAAGAUUAAACACUGAAGCAAUCUCUCAAAACUGUUGUAUUUCAUUGGUGGAAAAAUGGUUGAAUUAAUGAAAUGAAAUGAGGAUGAGAUCUACGGCAACGUUCAUUUGAUUUUUAUUUUUAUUUUUCAUUUGAAUGUUUGCUAUAGCCAUUGUUAGGGUUUUAUCAUAUAGUUCGUUCCUGCCAUGAGUACCAAACGCGCUUACAAGCUACAAGAAUUUGUGGCACAUUCUUCAAGUGUGAAUUGCCUAAAGAUUGGAAGAAAAUCGUCGAGGGUUCUUGUGACUGGAGGGGAAGAUCACAAGGUUAAUCUUUGGGCUAUCGGUAAACCGAAUGCCAUACUGAAUUUAUCAGGACACACAAGUGGGAUAGAUUCAGUGACCUUUGAUUCCUCGGAAGUUUUGGUAGCUGCAGGUGCUGCAAGUGGUACCAUUAAGCUAUGGGAUUUGGAGGAGGCAAAAAUUGUUCGGACUCUGACUGGUCAUAGAUCCAAUUGCAUUUCUGUGGACUUCCACCCCUUUGGCGAGUUUUUUGCAUCUGGCUCUCUUGAUACAAAUCUAAAGAUAUGGGAUAUCAGAAAGAAAGGGUGCAUCCACACUUACAAGGGUCAUACUCGAGGAGUCAAUGCAAUCAGGUUCACACCAGAUGGUCGAUGGGUUGUAUCCGGUGGUGAGGACAACAUUGUGAAGGUGUGGGAUUUGACUGCUGGAAAAUUGUUGCAUCAAUUCAAGGAUCAUGAAGGUCAAAUUCAGUGCUUAGAUUUCCAUCCACAUGAGUUUUUGCUGGCUACAGGUUCAGCUGAUCGGACUGUUAAGUUUUGGGAUCUUGAAACCUUUGAGCUUAUUGGUUCAGCUGGGCCUGAGACUGCAGGUGUCCGUUGCUUGACCUUCAAUCCUGAUGGAAGAACCGUACUCUGUGGAUUGCAUGAAAAUCUGAAGGUUUUCUCUUGGGAACCGAUAAGAUGUUAUGAUGGUGUGGAUGUGGGAUGGUCUAGAUUGUCAGAUCUUAAUGUUCAUGAAGGAAAGCUUCUUGGCUGCUCAUAUAAUCAAAGCUGUGUAGGAGUAUGGGUUGUAGACAUCUCGCGCAUAGAACCAUAUGCAGUUGGUAAUGCUAAACGUGUAAAUGGUCAUUCUGAACCUAAAUCUCAUUCAGGUGGAAACCUCUCUGUAUUGAAUGAGAAUACCACAAAAGCUAGUAUGGGAAGAUUACCUGUUUCACAAAAUCCUGAUCCUUUGGUGAAGGAAACAAAAUCCCUUGGAAGGUUGUCCAUUUCACAAAACUCAGAUCCUGCGAAGGAGUCAAAAACCACAGGAAAUGCACCUGGUACCCCUCACCGGGUCAAUUUAAACGCUGCUCGAAAGACAGCUCAACAGAGGUCGGUAACAGUUCCAAGGAGGAGUUCUACAAGGGCUAAUUCAGCUGUCACUGUUCCCACUUUUAGCAAGUCUGAUGUUGUACCUGUGCUUGUUCCUAGAAAUGAUAUGAGGUCGGAGCAGGCUGCUGAAUUAAGAAAAGAAGUUGGAAUAUCUGAGAGAAGUUUGGAGCAAGUCACUGAAUCUAGAAGAGAAGUUGGAAUUACUGGAAGAAGUUUGGAAUCAAGUCAGUCGGCUGCUGAAUCAAGAAAAGAAGCUGGAAUAGUUGGGAGAACUUUGGAGCAGGGAGCUGAUUCGAGAAAAGAACUUGGUAUUGUUGGAAGAACAAUGCCAUUUUCUUUGCAGUCAAAGACGUCUAGUUUUCGGAAGUUUCAAAAUAGCAGGGAAGACUUGGACUGGCCAGCUAUCUCUGCUCCGCUUGAGAAUGCAGGUUCUAGGGUUGAAUUCAGCAGUGGUUCAGACAGGAGUACUCUUCCUUCUGUUAAAGGUCCAAUUAAUGGAAUGUCUGCUGCAGAAAUGAAUGUGAGGGAAGAUAGGUGCAUUGGCUCUGUCAGGACUGAACUAAACUCGGUGGUCGAAUUGCCUUCAAGCUACCGGGAUGAAAAUUAUGAUGCUCAAGUGCAAAAAUCACAUAGAGAUGCGUAUCCUUUAGAAAGCCAAAAAGGAGGAAGAACACGUUCAGUAAUCCUAAAUUUGGAGAAAAGGAGGAGAUCUAAUUUUGAUGGACCUACUUUGUGUGCCUCUCCACGGAAUGCAUCUGUGGCAAACAUGCCUUCUUUCGACGUGUAUAAACAAGGAAGAAGAUACUCUUCUUCUGUGGAAAAAGAAAUGCCUUCGGCCACUGAUGAGGAUGCUGUUGCAGAUGUAAUGGAGCAGCAUGAUCAAUUCAUUGGUUCCAUGCAGUCUCGUUUAGCUAAGUUACAGGUUGUUCAUCGACUAUGGGAAAGGAAUGACAUAAAGGGGGCAAUCAGUGCAAUGGAAAAGAUGUCUGAUCAUGGUGUGCUUGCUGAUGUGAUGAGCAUUGUUACUGAAAAAAUAGACAUUGUAACAUUGGAAAUUUGCACUUCUCUUCUGCCACUUCUAUCCGGUCUCCUUGGAAGUGACAUGGACAGGCAUUUGAGCAUCUGUCUUGACAUGCUGCUUAAGCUGGUCCGGAUAUUUGGUUCAAUGAUAUAUUCAACAUUAUCAGCUUUGGCACCUGCCGGUGUAGACAUUGAGGCAGAGCAAAGGUUUGAGCGUUGCAACCUCUGCUUUAUAGAACUAGAAAAAGUAAAGCAAUGUCUUCCCACUCUUACUAGAAGAGGGGGAUCAGUUGCAAAAUCUGCCCAGGAAUUGAAUCUAGCACUUCAAGAAGUAUCAUGACUGUAAUCAACACAUUGAAUGCGUUCACUAAGUUUAUUCUGUGCUUUUACGGAUUAAAUCCUUCAAGUUUAGGCACUGAAAUGCCUUAUCAAGCACCGACCACUACUUUGUAAGUCCUGCUUUACCUUGUACAUUUAACUGCUAAGCUGAUUCAACUGCAAAUCUGCAAUGACCGAAAAAUGAAGACGAAAGGCUAAUUAGGUCGACACUUUCCUGCUGGAUUGCUGCAUAGUUUUUCUGUCGCUUUGUAUGCACUGCUCGGUGAGUAUACCGAUCUUGUGUUAGAACACAAAAUAUGUUUGCACAUCCAGUUGUAUCUUAAUGCCUUCAAUGACUAAUAUCUAUUUUUGUUUUCUAUCAGAUGUAUUAUAUAAGGAUAAAUAGUAUGUAUCAGAGAUGGGAAUGCAUAUAUUUGGGGUUUAUGUUUUAAUUUGUUGAAAACCUAGAAAUAAAAGAAUGUUGAGCUUUCUUUUGAGAA